AAUUCACAGUCUACUAUUAUCACUCUUACAAGAUGUAAUCCUGUAGAACUCCACUCUUCAAACAAAACAGCUCCCUACACACACCACGAACCUUUGUGCUUCGCAUAUCCCCCCUCUUAAGAACCGCCCCUGUUGCUGCAUUAAAUACCAAACCUUAAUUAAAUAACUUGCUUCUUAAAUGAACACUACAAAUCCCAGUCCUACACUUGUAAAGUGCUUUGAGACACUGUGGGAUGAAAAUGCAUUACAGAUUUACAUUGAACAUGAGAUGAAUAAUGGUAUUAAGAUCCCAACUCUAAAAGGUCACAUCCGUUCAGGAGCCUGAAAUUUACAGGAAGGACCGUGAACAGUGCAGAAUAGUGACUGCUGUCUUCGUCAACAGGUUUAACUAGCUCUACAUUCUCUGCGUGCACUUUGUUCACUUCCAGGUUACUGCAGUACAAGCACUGGGUGCGCUUUAUUUUUUUAGCCUGCCAGGCCAACUUUCCUCAGUCAUACAGACCCGCAUCAAGCCCUGCGCGCUGCGACAUCGGCCUUCCUGUACAAGAAGACGGCUUCACCUCUAACCACUCAGAGGGCUCGAAAAAGCUGUCACGUAGAAGCAGAGCCAAUCAAUAACGAGAGGCGGACUUUCCUUUUCUUGGCCUAUGGUGUCCGCGGAACUCUUAAAGGGAAAUGUCAGAUCCAAUAGGAAAGCGGCGCUGUGGACGCCCCGCCUGAGAAAAAUGUUGAUUGAUAAGGCUCUUACCCAAUCAUAUGUUUUAUAGGAAUGGACCCAAAGUUUUUGGACCAAUCAGCUGCAGCAGUCCGCCUACCAAGCUCCGCCCCGGUAGAUGGCCAUUUUGUUUUGGACGUAGAGCGAGACGGUUUUUCCAACAUUUCUAAAAACAUGUUUGUUUAUUCAUAACUUUAACCCUUGGCGUUUCGGAACAAUCUUUCAGAAGGCCAGCGAACCUGGUGCGGGGUGCCGAGCUGUCUGUGUGCCAGGUGGCCGGAGCAGGAUGGACUACGAGAGGCGGGGCGGGCGGGGGGACCGCCUGGGCCGCUACGGCAGCGACCUCCAGGACCACGACUACCGGGACAUGGACUACCGGGCCUACGGGCGGGACGAGCCCGCGGGCCUGGGCUUCGAGCCGCUGGAGCAGGAGGAGCCCCCCUUCCCCCGCGAGGACAGGGGGUUCCGCCGGGCCGAGGACUUCCAGCGCUUCCGCAGGGAGGAGCGCGCCCACGAGUGCGAGCUGCUCGGCAGCGAGUACGAGCCCUUCGAGCCCCAGGAGCGGCCCAGGGAGUACGAGCCUCGCAGGAGGGGCUUCCGGCCCUACGGCCGGCCGGGGGGCUCCGCAGCGGAGUACGGCACCUCGGAGCUGGAGGAGGAGAGCUACAGCGGACCCCCUGCGCAGGAGGAGUAUGGCGAUCUGCACCCCGAGGACCCCGAGUUUCAGGGCCCGGACGACCAGCAGGAGUUCCCAGAGGCUGCCGUCUCCGGCCUGGCGGGGGGCCGGGGAUCCGAGGGGUACCACGCCCGUGAUGCUCUGGAGGAGUCGGCGGGCUUCCCUCCUGACCCGGACUUCCGGGACCAGGACUACCGCGCCGACUCGGGCGAGCAGAAAGCCAGCAACAUCAUCAUGCUGAGGAUGCUGCCUCCUGUCGCCACUGUCAACGAGAUCCGCUCCCACCUGCAGGAGCAGGGCAUCCAGCCCAGGGAGGUCCGGCUCAUGAGGAACAAGGCAUCAGGUCAGAGCCGAGGAUUCGCCUUCGUCGAGUUUAAUCACUUGCAGGACGCUGCGCGAUGGAUGGAGACCAAUCAGAGGGUGCUCACGAUCCUGGGCCAGAGGGUCUCGAUGCACUACAGCGAUCCCAAGCCCAGGGCGAAUGAAGACUGGCUCUGCAACAAGUGUGGCGUGCAGAACUUCAAGCGGCGAGAGAAGUGCUUCAAGUGCGGCGUGCCGAAGUCGGAAGCAGAGCUGAAGCUGCCCCUGGUCCGCAAAGACGUGCCCCUGGGCCAUCUGAAGGAGUCCUCCCAGGGCUUACUGCCCCUGCCCACCCUGUAUGCCCCUGCGGCCCCUGUCCUGCCCAUUGCUGGGGUGCCUGCUCAGAGCGGAGAAGUAGCCAAUGAUACUCUGAUUCUGCGUAACCUGGGCCCUCACACCACGCUGGAGUCCAUCCUGACAGCACUCUCACCCUUCGCCACUCUCUCGCCCUCCAACGUGCGGCUCAUCAAGGACAAGCAGACACAGCUCAAUCGUGGCUUCGCCUUCCUGCAGCUCUCCACCAUUGUGGAGGCAUCUCAGCUGCUGCAGAUCCUGCAGGCUCUCCAGCCGCCCCUCAACAUCGAUGGGAAGAGCAUCGCCGUUGAGUUCGCCAAGGGCUCCAAGCGCGACGUUUUUCUCACAGACAACAGCCGGGUCAGUGCUGCCACAGUGGCCAGUACAGCCAUUGCAGCUGCUCAGUGGGCUGUAACUCAGACAGCUCAGACGGCAGCAGCAGGUGCCCAGAGUGCCGAUUACAGCCUGUACCAGCAGGGGGCACUGUAUGGGGAGACGCAGGAGUAUUCACAAGCUUACGAGACGCAGAGCAAUCCACAUGGGAGCGGCACUGCUGCGGGCGCUGGGCUGAUAGGGUCAUACGUGGCCACAACUCAAGCAGCGACAGUCUCUUCAGAGCCAGAGGUGCCUGGUGUGGAUCCUGUACAGCUGCCCCAGACAACAGCAGCUCAGACGCCCAUGGUGACCACAGAAGCCAGCACACAGUCGGCCCAGGCUGUCCAGUACACCCAGCCAGCCACAGCUCACAAGACAGAGAUCAUCGGCAAACCCCAGCCAGCCGCCAGCAGCCAGCCUGCCACCCCUGGCACUCCCCUCGAGUACCAGCAGUACCCUGUUCCAGAUGUGUCUACCUACCAGUACGACGAGACUUCAGGCUAUUACUACGACCCCCUGACUGGUCUCUACUAUGACCCCAACUCCCAGUAUUACUUCAAUGCCCACACUCAGCAGUACAUGUACUGGGAUGGUGAGCGCCGCACCUACAUCCCUGCUGCCCAGCAGGGCUCUGAGGCCCAGCCUGCAGCCGCGUCCAGCGCCACUGUGCCCACACAGACUGCUGCCUGUAAUGCGUCCACCAAGGAGAAGAAGGACAAACCCAAGACCAAGACUGCCCAGCAGAUCGCCAAGGACAUGGAGCGCUGGGCCAAGAGCCUGAACAAACAGAAGGAGAACUUCCGCUCCACGCUGAUGCCCCUGAGCUCCUCCCGGGAGGACGAGAGGCGGGAGUCGGCCAGUGCGGACGCUGGCUACGCCAUCCUAGAGAAGAAGGGGACGCUGUCGGAACGCCCCCAGACGUUGAUGGAUCAGCUGAAACGCAGUGAGGAAAGAGGGAAGAGCAGCCCCCCGCAGGGCCUGGUGGCUGCCUACAGCGGGGAGAGCGACAGCGAGGAGGAGGGGGAGAAGGGGGCGGAUCGCGAGGAGCGGCUGACCGACUGGACCAAGCUGGCCUGCCUGCUCUGCAGGAGACAGUUCCCCAGCAAGGAGGCGCUGCUCCGGCACCAGCAGCUGUCCGAACUGCACAAGCAAAACCUGGAUCAGAGGAAAGCCCGCAUGACUGACCAGGAGGGAGCAGACCGAGAAGGAGAGCUGAGAUACAGAGAUCGAGCAGCAGAGCGGAGGGAGAAGAUCGGGUUCCCAGAACAGUCCGAUACCAAGAAGAGAAAGUACAGCUCCAUCGAUGGGGUGGCGGGGAACAGCCUGGGCGCCCGGAUGCUGCAGGGAGGGGUGAAGAGGAGCAUGCUCGCCCGAAACAUCCAGGUGGAGUGACAGGGAGAUAGGACCAUGAGAGACUGAGCUUUCAGCCCAGCAGGGACCAGGAGGGGCCGCUGGCCGUCGUCCACACUCCUGUUUCACGCCACCUUCAGAAGAUAUGGACUUGAGUGUUGGUCUGUCUUGUCACUGGUGCAGCUGUUGAGAAAAUCGGCCCCUACACUGCAAUACAAACUGGCAUAAGUACUGGCUUUGAGUGGAUCAGCGGACAACCCCUAGAGCCUCAAGGACACCUGUUUUUAUGUGCCCCCAGGAGGGCUGUGCCAGGGGUGGGCUGCUGCCCACAGGCACACAUUGUCCUCCCAGUGAAGCUCAGCUGAGGUGGGAGAAGUGCUGGCGCACUGUGCAGAGAUGCAGCGUCUUUCACAAAUUGAUUAAAGGUGCUGGAGUGCA